UUUACUAUUAUUAUUGACGUUUUUUCUUUUUUUUGGUAAAUCUCAUAGUUGUCGUAAUACGUGUUCUAGUGACAAUGACGAAUGUGAGGAUAUUUCUUCACCUAGCAAAUAUGAUAAAGAGUAUAAUCAUUAUAUGAAAUUAAUUGAAGAUGCUUCUAGAAAUCAUGUUGACUGCAAACACUCAAAUUGCAGUUGUUAUAACAGAGUUAUAAAUGAAAAUCUUUUGCCAUUUAAAAGUGGUAUAACACAAAAUAUGAUAAAUAAAAUUAAAGAUAGAGGUACUAAGUACCAAAUAGUCAAUAACAAAUUAUAUCGCCAAGAAGAUUGUAUGUUUCCAUCGCGUUGCAAAGGCGUAGAAUAUUUUCUAUUAAAAGCUGUUACAAAGCUACCUGAUAUAGAAAUGAUAAUCAAUGUAAGAGAUUGGCCGCAAGUUAAUAAAGAUUGGGGCAUUCAAGGACCUAUAUUCAGUUUUAGUAAGACUAACGAAAGUCUUGAUAUCCUAUAUCCCGCUUGGAGUUUUUGGGAUGGGGGACCUGCUAUUUCGUUGUAUCCUACAGGAUUGGGACGUUGGGAUAAACAUAGAAGCAGUAUUAUGGCAGCAUCAGACAAAUACCCAUGGUCAAAAAAGAAAUCAAAAGGUUUCUUCCGCGGAUCAAGAACAAGCAGUGAUCGAGAUGAGCUGGUAUUAUUAUCUAGACAAAAUCCAACACUUGUUGAUGCACAAUAUACAAAAAAUCAAGCGUGGAAAUCAGCAGCAGAUACAUUAAAUGCAGAUCCAGCUAAAGAAGUAUCAUUAGAAGAUCAUUGCAAAUAUAAGUACUUGUUCAAUUUUAGAGGCGUUGCUGCUAGUUUUAGAUUUAAACAUUUAUUUCUCUGCAAUUCUUUAGUGUUUCAUGUGGGUUCUAGCUGGAUAGAAUUUUUUUAUCCAAACAUGAAACCAUGGGUUCAUUACGUUCCUGUUUCAGAAAAUGCAAAUAGAGAUGAAAUUGAGAAGCUUUUGAAAUUUUUUAUGGAAAAUGAUACUUUAGCAAAAAAUAUUGCUCAGAAGGGUUUUGAUUUUGUGAAUAAACAUUUGAGGAUGGAAGAUAUUCAUUGUUACUGGGAGAAACUGUUACAAAAGUAUGCAAAACUUUUAAAGUUUGAAGUUAAGUUAGAUAAAAAAUUAAUACCAAUAUAUGGUUUAUGA